GAGGUGAGGUGAGCUAAUCAUAGACAAAAGUUCCAGGUAAACAAUGAAUUAAUGUUUUCUGUUUCUUAUAGCAUUUUAGCUUUGUCUUGUUUGUAGUGUGAUCAACGUUUGCGUAAGUAGUAGAUGUGUUAGGGAAGUAACACGUAACAUUUUAAUUAUAUUUUGCUAAAAUGAACGAAAUGACUCGAAAAAAGAUUCAAUCAUUUUGCUAAACGAGACUCAAAGAUCCGAGUCGGUAAAAUGAUCCGAACUUCCCAUCACUAGACUCCAAGUCAGCAGGGGCGCUCAAGUGCAUAAAGUUUAUUUAUCUACUCAGGGAAAGCUCCAGAGGAAUCAGAGGCUGUGUCUGAAACUGCACUCUUUUGUACUAAGUAGUGCACUAAGUGUAUAAAAGGUCGCGUAGUAAUUAGGCACACUACGUAGUACGCUAGUACUUGAUUUAGGACGUAACCAUAAGCUUGAAAAAACGGGCAGGGGAAGGCGCUAACUGUAUAGCAAGACAGUUUUUAAAGUUUCUUAGCUAGUUAUUUAUUUUUAAGUUUCUGUGUUUGUCUAAAAAAGUGGCGCUUGUAAGCAGGGUAAUGAAAAAAGGCUUGUUUUGAAUAAACCCUAUCUCAGGUUUCGCUAUGUUUAGCAGAGUAGUUUAGCAGGGCUAAGCUAAAGCAGAGAGGCUGAGAGAGGGAUGGCGUUCCCCGAGCCCCGGCCGCAGCCUGUCCGCCUCCCGCAGCACCUCCUCCGGGCUGUAGACUGCCAGCAGGGCGCUGUCAGAGCGGUGCGCUUUAACGCUGAUGGGAACUACUUGAUCACAUGUGGCAGCGAUAAAAGCCUGAAGCUGUGGAGCGCGAGCCGAGGAGCCCUGCUGAAGACGUACAGCGGUCACGGCUACGAGGUGCUGGACGUGGACGGCUCUUAUGAUAACAGCCAGCUGUGUUCGUGCAGCGCGGACAAGACGGUGAUCCUGUGGGACGUGGCGACCGGGCAGGUCACCCGCAAACUCCGCGGCCACGCAGGGAGGGUGAACUGCGUGCGAUUUAAUGAAGAGGCCACCGUAAUGCUCUCAGGUUCUAUAGACGGCACAGUGCGCUGCUGGGACACUCGGUCCAGGAAGAUGGAGCCGAUUCAGACCCUGGACGAAGCGCGAGACGGCAUCAGCAGCCUGAGAGUGGUCGAGCAUGAGCUGCUGACUGGUUCUGUGGACGGCCGGGUGAGGCGCUACGAUCUGCGGAUGGGCCAGCUGCACGUCGACUACAUUGGCAGUCCGAUCACGUGUGUGUGUUUCAGUCAGGAUGGUCAGUGCACCUUGAGCUCCAGUCUGGAUGCCACUGUGCGUCUGUUGGACAAGAGCACAGGAGAGCUACUGGGAGAAUAUACAGGCCACCAGAAUAAAGACUACAAGCUGGACUGCUGCCUGUCUGAGAAAGACACUCACGUACUGAGCUGCUCCGAGGACGGUCACGUGUACUGCUGGGACCUGGUGGAGGGCUCAUUAACACUGAAGCUGCCCGUCGGAAAAGCCGUCGUCCAAUCGCUGUCCUUUCACCCCACGGAGCCUCGCUUACUGACAGCCAUGGAGGGGCGUGUCCAGAUCUGGGGGGCGGAGCCAGAUGAAACGGACACGGCUGAGUAAGGCAUGCCGAUGCAGGAGCAGGCAGAGGCGGAGAGCUUCUCGACCUUGUGCCAGCGGUGGGCGUUGUCGAGGAAAGCCAUGUCCUCAUGCCGCGUCGGGCGGCAGCAUGGCAUGUGGUGCCAGGUCUCGGUGGGGGGCAGAGCACCGCUCAAGCGCAGAUUGGUGAGGGUCAGCUCGUGGUUGGAGGGCACACGCGGGCACGCACCACUGCAGUACUUAAACAGCACCAUUUCGUCCGAGUCGUAGCCGAGGCCAAGGUCUCGCACCUGCAACACGAACAUAUGGAUUCAGGGAAUUGUAAACGUCUGCGUUAAGGUUAUUUGGAUGUCACGGUUGCUGACUUUUUCAGUUAAAAUACCAGUUAAAAUGUAUUUUCGUCUGCUGCUACUUUCGUCUUAGCAUGUUCCUAAGGUUAUCAUACAUGACGGCUAUCAAACACACAGAAGAACACAACAUUGUUGACCAAAGCUAAACCAGACACCGAUCUAUUUUUGGCUACUGCUCCUUGGAUUUUGGCUAUUACUGCUGUUUUGUUUUUUUUGUUUUUUUGUUUUGUUUUGUUUUUUGGGGUCUCCUUACAGCAACUAUCUCUUUCAGCAUGUAAUGACAGGAGAUUUUAGGAUAAACUCAUUCCCCAAAAUAUCUUCUAAUCAAAUAAAAGAACCAUAAUUUACAGAUUUUAAUGUUUUGAUAUAUAAACAACGAUGUGCAACGAGACUUCUGUACAAGGAUUUCAUAAUAAAUUUCUCCUUUAAUUUUCA